AUGGAGGUAGCAGAAACCAGAGAGCCUACUACGGUUGGUGCGCCUAACGGCACCGACGAAACCGUCGUCAAUGGCGAUCAAAACCUGUUUUACCAGGAUUCGUUACUCGAUGACGGACGAUCGAGCAGUCUUAGCGAAAUUGAUGAUGUGCUAGAAAACAUGCCGUCUGAUUACGAGUCGCCAAAGCCAGAGAAGAUUGCUACAGAGAACGAUUCAGAGGCAGAAACAGAGCGCAUCGACGACUCUCCGAACAACUACCGCACCCGGACAAAUAUCGUGCUAAGCGCAACCAGUUAUGGUCCCAGUCCCAGCAAAUUAGUUCAUUCGACCACUUACGACGACGUGGAGGAGGACGACGUUCAUCCGGCAGAUGAGUCGCCAAGCAAACCUCGCUCGAAAAAUGAUCGUACCGUAGAUAGCGUCGAGGAAGUUCAGGAACCUGAUGACUCCAACUUGUCUGAUAGCGCUGGGAAGAAAAGAAAACGCCCUGAGUCCGGAGAUGAAUUGAUCUCCGAGCUCGAUGAAGAUGAUUUCCCGCCGCACAAGCGUCGUGGCUCCAACUUGGCCCUUACUCCGGAGCCGGUUGAGGAAGAAGUACCCAAAGUUAAUCAGGAGGAUACCUUGGCCGAUGAUAUUCCUGAAUCUGACCUACCUUCAGCUCCGACGAAAAGCAAGAGAACCAGAAAGGGUAAACGGAAAGGACGCAAAACUAGAGACGUUGACGAUGAUGCUGAGAGCGGCGCCGUUGAAAUGGGUGCGGAGGUUGAUGAUACACCUGCGGACGAGGAUGCGGCGGACCGUCCAGACGAUGCUGAUGAUGGUGAGGCUGCCGCCAAACUAGAAGAAGAAUCCAAAAGAACAUCGGCUAUGGACUCUCUGGCGGUCUUGGAGCGAGAAUUCGCAACUCUCCGUGACAAGAUUUAUGACGAAAGGAUAUCCAAGUUGAACCGUGAAUUGGAUAUGCUCAAAGGUCCUAAUCCGACACAUCCAGAGCUUCUGCGACAACUUGAUUGUAUCAAAGGGUAUCGCGACGCUAAGAUCAAGUACGAACACACUUUGUUCCAGUAUCGCCUUAAGUCCUUGCUCAACAAAAGCCAAGCCGAGCGUGCCCAGGCACAUAGCACGUACUUUCAACGGGCCCGCGAUAUUCGUGAACAUCACUCGAGUGCUAUUAGCAAGCAAUUCUACUCGAUUCAGCAUGAUCGUUUCAAGACGGACGAUGUGAGCCCUCAACAUUACAUUCCGUUCCCGACACGCCGUUCCCAACAGAUCGCGCAUCAAACUGCAUACAAUCAAGAGGUGUCCGUAUUGGCGGGAGUUGCGAAAUAUGUUGGUUUUCCGGCCGCCCCAUCGCUAUCAUCCGCGCGGCCAGCGGAGCUUGACGAGGACCUGGAAAAGAUGGGCAUAUCUUUUGAAACGAAAGCUCCUGCGUCUCAUCAUCAGUCAACAAUACCCCGAGCCACCAUACCAAGCAUGUCAUCAAAUGUUCACCCCACAUCCGCCGAGGAAGCCUUCCUUGAACAGACACCUUGGGCAAACCCACAACAUCCUUAUCAUCAACAUCAGAAUCUGUCUCAUAGACCGCAGAAUCGUAUUAUGGACAAUUCCCGUAUGUCUGCGUUCGCUACGCCAGCAGGUCAGAUGCGCGUGGUGGACGUCAAUGCUCCGAAUGGAUCUGCCUCGACAAUUGCGGAGAAUUCUUCUGCCAACAAUACACCUUACGGCUUGGAGCAAGACAAUUCAACGGCGGCUACCAAGCCGUAUCUUGAUUACGAUGCGAGGCUCCGGUCUCUCAGUUCUUCACCCACAGAUGUUCGAAAACCUCACCCAGCUAUGUAUACCUCCCUCGAUCACCGACCACCUCAAGGUAUCCCGCGAAAUCCUGGAUACUCAUCCCCUCCUUCUCGACUUGUCUUUGGAUCCGCGCCGAAACAGGAUACAUCACCAUCCAUAUCGUCCAAGCCCGUCAACUCCCUACAUCAACCGGCAGCAAUGCUAGGAAGCACGAGUCAAAAUCAAAUGGCUGCUCGAUAG